UACCCUGUCCAUGUGGCUCUCAAUGAAGACAACUGGGACGUUGUAAAAGCCUUUGUGGAACAUGGGGCUGACCCAAACAUACUUGACAGGAAAGGACAGUGUCUCCUUCACAAAUUUGUUAGAAAUCUUAAUCAGAAAAAUAGUGUUCCCCUUGUAAAGGCUCUAGUGAAGCAUGGUGCAGAGAUAAAUUGGAGAGGACCCAAUGGUAAGACCGCUUUGCAAUUAGCAGCUAGUAACAGUGAGUGGGAAAUGGUUGUAGCCCUCGUUGAAUUAGGUGCUGACUGCAUACUCACUCCUAAGGAAAAGCUGUCUGUUUUUGAAAAUCUUCAUUGCCUAACAUGGAGAGAUGAGAAAAAGUUGAAAGUUUUCAUAAAUUACAUCACAAAAAAUGUAUCAGAAUCUGACGAAAAUAAUAGAUUUAAAAAAAUAUAUAGACGUUACCAAAACCCUUUGCUGAAAAAAAGUGUAAAGAAGUGCAACUGGAUGAUGGCAAAGGCCUUGGUGGAAUGUGGAGCAAAAGUGAGUCUGAUUCUUGAAAAUAAAGCACUCUUACAGCUAAUCAUGUCCAAAUCUUCGAUUAGUAAGCACACACCCUGGACACAGUUUUUUGAUUUGUUGAUUUCUAAAGGGCUUGACAUCAACACCAGACUUGAGAAUCAAUCCCCAGUUCUUUUCAGUGAUGAAGUCAUCGUAAGUUUAAUUCAUGAAGAAGACGUCUCCAGAUGUUUGUUUUGUGCAUGGGUCAAGAGGGGAGCUAACCCUUUAAUUCCGAACUGUGAUGGAUUUACACCGCUCAAUAUAGUUAUGAACUUAUAUAGGCACGGUGCACGGAAUGCUCUCAUAAAACUCCUCCCAAUGGGGGUGACAACUCAUCAACCGAAGUUUACAGAAGCCAUUUUGCAAUCUAAAAGAUUCACUUCUAACUAUGUUGCCUCACCAACAGAAAGUGCAAUACAUGACUAUAAUAUUUGUGCCCUCAAAAUGUUGAUUGGAUCUGGUGCAAGUUCAAAUGCAGAGUUAUUUCGCCUGAACACAAAAUAUCAAGUGAAGCUGGCUGAACAGGCAGAUGAAAAUGAGGAUGUUAGAGAGCUUCUGGAAGUCUUAGACCAGGCUGCCAGUCAACCUCCUUCACUCACCUCACUGUGUCGUUUGACUGUCUCUCAUUUGCUUGGUUGUGGGCCUUGCAGGCCAGACAAAAUCAAGCACUUGAAAAUUCCUUCUUCAUUGAAAAGUCUUAUCUCUUUUUCUGAUUUACUGUUACCAGAGUUUCUGUCACAAAAACAUGAAGAUGUUCAUUCUGGUUUAUCAGAAGACAGUAAUGACUUCAGUAGCAAUAGUGAUUAUUAAGAUGAAAUGUUUGAUGACUCUGACUCAGAGAUUUGGUCAUCAUCAUCAUCAUCAUGUGAUGAUGAUUACUAAUUAAAUAAUUAAAUAAUUUGGACUGUGGGUAGCUGACAGGUUGAAUAUAUCUGCACGUAACCACUUUUCCCAGCCCUGGUCUUACACCACAAGGAGGAUUUAUGUUGGUCACAAGUUUUUUCCCUCAAACAGCUUCGCUUGAUCUAAUGGAAACACAUCAAUCACUGCAAUGAUCAUAAAUAUAAUCUUAUUAUUAACUAAUGAUUUAUCAAAUAACAGUGUUAGGUCUAGUGGCAUACUUGCAGUUAAUUCUAUUGAAAUUACUUGAAUAUUUGGAAAUCAUUGGACAAAUUUGCGGAAUUGUAUGGUGCUGGUGUAGUUUAACCCACAAAAAAAAUCAUAUUGUUCUUGCUUUUUUGGAGGGUUCACUGCAACUUUAUUAAGUGGCUGUUGCAAACAACUUUCCUGCUUCUUCUUGUUGGCUUGUGAAGACACCAAGUCUAUUGCUAUAACUUUUAAAAAUACGGUGUCAAGCUUUUUUGAACUUGGGAAUAACCAGUAUGUAGGCAGGUCAGUUGGAGUUGCCUCCUUAUUCUUGGUGAAAGUUCCUAUGCAAAUGAAUGUCUCCUACAUGGCUGUAGGUCUCAGAAAGUUUUGCCAUGCAUGUGCAAUGAACAGACUGAAGAGAUCCAUCAUGUGCAGUUAUCAUCCAUGGUUCCAGAAGUUUCUGUGAAAUGUGCAUUGCGUUACAUGAAAAUCACAUUUAUAAAGUGAUAAUUUUAUAUUUCAUAUUCUCUAUAAUUUGUCAGUCAUAAAUAAAAUCCUAUUA